GUGUACCGGCCGGAACUGUCUCAUAUAUAAUGAGAUGUCGGACCUCAACCGUGAUCAGUCUCUAGCGGUCUUUAUUCAGCUCAAGGCUUCUUCAGAUCACUAAUUAUGAGGGAAUGCAUCUCUAUCCAUAUUGGGCAAGCAGGAUGCCAGAUGGGAAAUGCAUGCUGGGAACUGUACUGCCUGGAGCACGGAAUCCAGCCUGACGGUCAGAUGCCCAGUGAUAAGAGUGUAGGAGUUGGAGAUGAUAGUUUUAAUACAUUCUUCUCAGAGACAGGAGCUGGCAAACAUGUUCCUAGGGCUAUAUUUGUCGACCUGGAACCAACUGUGAUUGACGAGGUUCGAACUGGAACCUAUCGUCAGCUCUUCCAUCCAGAACAGCUGGUCACAGGGAAGGAGGAUGCCGCUAACAACUACGCCAGAGGACACUAUACAAUCGGGAAGGAGAUUGUUGAUCUCGUCCUAGACAGGAUCCGUAAACUGGCAGAUAACUGUACUGGAUUACAGGGAUUCCUCGUCUUCCACUCAUUCGGAGGAGGAACCGGAUCAGGGUUCACCUCUCUUCUGAUGGAACGUUUGUCUGUAGACUUCGGAAAGAAAUCCAAACUUGAAUUCUCGAUUUACCCCGCUCCUCAGGUUGCUACAGCUGUGGUUGAACCCUACAACUCUAUUCUUACCACUCAUACCACACUCGAACAUUCAGAUUGUGCAUUUAUGGUUGACAAUGAGGCGAUCUAUGAUAUCUGUCAAAGAAAUCUAGAUAUUGAGCGUCCAACCUAUACAAACCUUAACAGGCUAAUAGGUCAAAUAGUGUCCUCUAUAACGGCCUCCUUGAGGUUUGAUGGAGCCCUGAAUGUUGACCUCACCGAGUUCCAGACUAAUCUAGUUCCAUACCCCAGGAUUCACUUCCCUUUGGUGACCUAUGCCCCUGUAAUUAGUGCUGAAAAGGCGUAUCACGAGCAGCUGUCAGUAUCUGAGAUAACGAAUGCUUGCUUUGAGCCAAACAAUCAGAUGGUUAAAUGUGAUCCUCGGCAUGGAAAGUACAUGGCGUGCUGUAUGCUGUACAGAGGAGAUGUAGUUCCUAAGGAUGUAAAUGCUGCUAUUGCUUCCAUAAAAACCAAGCGUAGCAUUCAGUUUGUGGAUUGGUGUCCCACAGGGUUCAAGGUUGGAAUAAACUACCAACCUCCUACCGUAGUGCCUGGAGGGGAUCUUGCAAAGGUACAACGAGCUGUUUGUAUGUUGUCCAAUACAACAGCUAUUGCUGAGGCCUGGGCUCGUCUUGAUCACAAGUUUGAUCUUAUGUACGCAAAGAGAGCUUUUGUACACUGGUAUGUUGGUGAGGGUAUGGAGGAAGGAGAGUUCUCUGAGGCGAGGGAGGAUCUUGCUGCUCUGGAAAAGGAUUAUGAAGAGGUUGGAAUGGAUUCCAUUGAUGGAGAGAUGGGAGAAGAAUAUUAAUAUUGUUUAACGGAACUGAACCAGUCAACGGAACUAAAUUUCUAUUCGGAAAUGUUAACUAGACCUCUCGAGAAUAUGACUUAAAAGAUCAGAAUACCGAAAUUUUAACCUUUUUCGCCAAUUGCUUAUUUUCUUUAAUAAAUAUGCACUUCUCUAGUAUUCGCACUAAACGAUGCAAAAUAAAUCAUCGUUUACUUUUCGUACACAACUGCCUUGUCGUCCUAAUUGCACCUAAAACAAUUAAAAUGUUGCAAAGUACUGCCUACUGCCUGUUUACUAUGUAGCCCACUCUACUACUGUAGAAUACAGCCCAAACCAAAGAAGCUUUACUCAAAUAAAUUUGUAAAAAAAAUUA